AUGCUUGUUGCUGUCUGGAUUUUGGUGGUUCAUCUUCAUGGCUACAACACUGUGCAUGUUUAUCUCCGCUCAAGAAAAGACAUGGGCAAUCUUUAUGAAAAUCACCGAGGUCGAUUUUUCGUAGCUGAAAAUAGCGCGACUGGAGAGCUUCUCGGAACGAUUCUUUGGAAAAAGUGCAAAGAGAUUCCUUCUUGUUUGAAAUCGAGAAAAACCGCUGAUGAUUUUAUAGAGCUUGGAUCGUUGAUGGUCAAAAGAAAUUGCAGAAAACUUGGAGUCGGAAAAAUGCUCGUCAACAAAAUCAAGGAAGAAGCAAUACGACUCGACAAAGAUAUUUUCCUCGUCACUUCAAUUCACAACCAAACAGCUGAUCGAUUUUACCAGAGAAACGGUUUGAAAAGAAUCGCUGGAGAUAUUUACAGUUUCACUCGUAUUCUGUAUUUUUUUGCUUGGGUUUUUGAUCAUCGAUCAUUGUUCUUUAUUUAUGAAACAAAAUAA